GAUCUAUAUUUAGCCAGCACCUUCGUGACGUCACGUUUUUAAAAACUAAAAACAUCUCGCAGAACCCCGUUUUUUUGGGGGCGUGGAGAAUUUUCUGUCUAAUUUAUUAAAUAUAAAAUUUUCCGAGCAUUUAAAUAAAAAAUGAUAUAAUGUUUACUAUUACAACUUUUUACGCAGAAUUUAAAUAUGUCAAUAACUAAAAUUUGAAAAACUAUCGGAGUUUCCCUUUAAUGUUAGCAACAAGCUAGAUCCACAACUUGAACAAGUAGAUCUAGAAUCUCUAGCUCUACGCUUCUAGAUUAGAAGUGGAUGAUCAAGACUACACCUUUCUUCAUCUAUGAAAUCAAAACCAUAUUCUUGCUGUUUUGGAUAUCACAUCACGCAUCUAAAGUAUUGAAUUGGUGAUUGAAAAGUAUUAUCAAAGAGAGUAUUUUCAGCAUAGACUGAUGAUAUGACGGGGCUCACCAAUCAGACAGAUUACUGAUAUAUAAACCCAGUCAGAUUACUGAAGUGAUACACAUACAUCGAAGCUAAACAAGUGGAAGACGUUACGUCGAACUAUUUCUGGGAAUUUAAAAACUUUCUGUUGAUGAAGAUCUUGAUGUGGAUUAUUUGAAGCGGGAACUCCCGAGGAGAGAAAAGAAAAACAGUUUCUGGUUCCCACUGAACCAUGUGACCAGUUUAGAGCCUGAUCACUGGGCGUCUGAUUUGUGUAUGUGUGCGCGCGUGCUUUAGACAAAACAGACUACUCCAGAGGGAGCUAAGUAAACCGGAAGUGCCUUAACUCUUGAGGUGAGAGCCGGACGACCAUGCCGCGAGGAGCCACAAUCCAAGACAUGAGAGCAGAAGCAUUCGGCACUCCUCAAAGCCCCGCCAGUCCUGAAACAGGUGUGGCAGAAACACCGCAGCCUGAUUAUGACGACACAGAAGCAGACGAGAGCGGCGAGCUUCGAGAAAACAGACGAAAGUCUUUUCAAUUUGUUAACAAUUUUAAAAAUGUCAUUAGCAACAUCCGAACAAUAGAGGACCUGUACACCUGUUUCCCAGAGCCUGACCCAGAUUAUCUGAAUGAUGAUAAUGAUGAUGAAGAAGGCAAGACAUUCCAUCCUCCAGAUGCUGCAGCUGAUUUCCCCCCACCUCCUCCACCAUGCUCAGCAGAGGAGCUGAGUGCAGCAGUGGCUGAGGCUUACAGUGCUCAACACAGCAAUGGCAUUGCACCAACAGCUGAUGGGCUGUCUCCAGCUGAUGCACCAUUAAUUAAGCCUAAACCUUUGGUUAAUCCAUGUCUAGAAUCCAGGGAGCGGCAAGCUCUCCACAGAGAACUCUUGAUGAACUAUAAAAUAGGUAAAGAUGUCUUGAAAAAACCAGAGCUAGAUAAAGUGAUGAGGGACAGGAGAGAGGUCCAGAGGAAAAAGGAAUGGGAUGAACAGAAGUCUAACAAGGGCAGAACAAGUCUUGAAAUCAAGUUAGAAGAGAGAGCCAACAGAAUGAAAGAAGAAGAAGAAAAGAAAAUGAAAGUUAUUGUGGAAGAAUCUCAGACACCAGAAUUAGUUCGAAUCCAAAGAAAGAUUUUGAAGUCUAGUGGUACUGGUGAACAGAGUUGAGAACCUUUCCUGACCCUAGUCUUGCAGCACUGUUUACACUGAAUAAGAACACAUACCCUUCAUUCUUUCCUCCAACAACAGUUGCUACACUAACAAAUAAUAUAGCAGCAGCAGUUCUUCAACUUUUUGUCAGAGAUUUACAGUUAGAAUUUCCUACUGGAACCUAUAAGCCAAAAUAUACUGUUUUAAAUUUAGUAUUGAACACUUAGGGUUUUGUGUGUGUUUUCUUUUUUUUUUUCCUGUGAAGUACCUUUUACUAAUGGACCAUUUUUAUGAUUAGUUUUUUUAUGAUUAAAUUUAUAUAUUUUCUUUAAAGACCGUUGGUGUUCCUGUGACCCACAAGUUCACGGAAACAUUUUAACUGCCAUACAUUCUAUGAUCUGUUAAAUAACUACCAAAAAAAAACCCAAUAUUUAGUAAUUAUUAAAAUCUUGUUAUUAUAUACAUUAAUAAAGUGUGUCUGAUUGAAUGUAUUGGGGAAAAAAAAAGCUUUUCUUAUAAGCUAUGAUUAUAUAGGCAUAUAAUGUUUGUCUAUGUUGCUAUUGCCAAACUGUAUCACAUAUUUACACUGUAUUUUCAAAAGAUUAUCUUAUCUAAAUGUAAAGCUUGGCUUGUAACAAUAUCCACAUUGAAUGUAGACUCUUAUUUUCUGUCCAUGACUUUUAAACCUCACUUGUCAUGUCCAUGACCUUUAACCCAUGACAUAACUUACUACUGGCUGCACUGAAUAAAUGUUGUUAUUUUUUGCAUUUAUUUUCUUGGAGAGGCACAAGAGGAUAUAUUUCUUUUGUCUCUGUAGUUUCAAUCUUCAUACAUUUUAAUUAUUUGGUACACAAAAUGUAAUGGCAUCUUUUAAAUAGUCUCUGUCAUAUACAAAGGCUGUUGUCUUAUCUAAAUGUCUGUAGCAUCCAAGUUUUGAAGUAGAGAAAGUUGUUUGGAAGAAUAAUCAAAAUAAUAUUUGUUUUAAUAAUUGGUACCUCUAAUUUCUGAUUGUAAUACCGGUAACAGAAGUUUUUUUUUUGUUAAAUAAAAUCUUGACAUGAGUUGAACAUUUUAUUUCUAUUUAUUUCUAUGUUUGUACUGAGUUGUUGAAGCUUGUUAAGGUGGAGAAAAGAAGAAACCAUCCAAUGGCUUAUAGAGGUUAGGCAGUUCAUGUUACAGGUGUAAAUACAUCAAAAGGGGUGUAAGUAACAAGCCUGGGCUGAAUUCAAUCAAUUUAUUGUUGCCUGGACUUAAUUCAAUCAAUUUAUUGUUGCCUGGACUUAAUUCAAUCAAUUUAUGGUUGCCUGGACUUAAUUCAAUCAAUUUAUGGUUGCCUGGACUACAAACCUAACAGGCACUUUUUUUUGUUGUUGUCAUGUCUUUUUAGUGUUGGUCCUAAUUAGAUUCUUUAUGCUAUUAAAAAAAUUCAUUUUUUCUUAAGCAGUGAACUAUUCAUAUAGGUAUUUGUUUACUGUUAAUGUGCAUCAUGAUUAUAUCCAACAUACAAAGUGUGAUCUGAGAUUUUGUCAUUAUUGCAGUUUUGGUCAUCCUGUUCAAUAUUAUAAUCUAAUGUUCAGAUUCUUACUCUUCAAGUUAAUCAUAGUGGAGAAGAAAUUUGUUGUUUUUUUUAACCUUUACCUCAUAUUUUUUGUUUUUAAGCUCGAUUCCAGAAACACUGGAAUCUCUGGGUCCAGUCUAUAGAUGUGCAUGAAUGAUUUAUAUGGCAGCUUCUGAUUCUAUUGAUAGCUUCAUGAAUUGUUACUGUUUCAGCACAUUUCUCUAAAACUUUGGUUUGAAAUGUUCAAAUCUGCCCUUUUGUUUUCAGGAUUUUGUGUCCGUUUUUUUUAAAUUUAAAAGUCAGAUCACAGAUGUUUGAGUGGAGAACUACCUUAUCUGACCAACUAGGCUUCGAUUUUUCUCAACACUGAGAGAUUGCAAGAGACAUAGCUAAUAUGUUGGGCUCAGAUUUUGAUUAACCUCAAAAUAAUUUGUAAAUUCUGCUCAGUUACUUUUAAGCUAAAGUACAUUAAAGUCAACAAAUCAUCAUACAAUCUUAAUCUACUUAACAUGUAAAUGCUGCAUAAUGUUGUUAAUUGAAUUAUUUCAGCCAAUACUUAGUCAUCAUUCUAGUUCUAGUAAGAAUUCACCAUUAACAGUUCUUAUAUUGAUAAGAUCCAAACGCAUCGGAUGGUACUGUAAUCAUAACUGUACCUUUUAUUUGCUAAGUGUUUCUUAUAAUAUUAAUUAUUAUAAUUAUCCAGAUCUUGUAUAUUUGUACAGUUAUAUAUUCAUAUUAAUGAAGUUUGUGUGGAAAUUAUCAUCACUUGAUAUCAUAAACUUCAUCCUUGCUAUUGCUUGUUCAGUUACCCUCUCCUCUUAUCUUCUGUUUGCCUCUUUACCAUUUGAAUUCAUUGGAAAUGUUUUCCAUUUGGUAGCAUGUCUACGGUCAAGGCAACAACUCUCAACAUUAUUACAGAUAAGACACUAUAAAGUGUUAAAGAAACACACUUUAUAACAAAAUAUACAUCAUUAUAAAAGCAAACUCAUUGCAUUAAAAAAAAACAAGCUGUUGCUUGUACAUUGACACUUGUUUUAGUUUUUCUUAGUGACAUUAUUUUCCUAUUUGUGCAAAUCAAAUGUGCUAAUUCUGUAACAUUUUAUGCUCUAAAGCAAUAACAUGAAUUGCAUACAAUAAAAACCAAUUGUAUUUUAAAACUGUUAAUCAAAUCUCUAGCACUUGCAGUAGUUAGAAGGACUUGAGUAUAAACACUGUGCUUCAUUACAACCAGUGGUGCCCAACUAUUUUCUGGCUAGGGGGACCACAUGACUUAGCCACAAGCAUGGCUUGGGCUGCUUCAAUGCAAAAAAAUAAAUAAAAAAAAUUGAGUCCGAGUCCGUUGGAACUUGACCUCAUUAUGUAUUUUGGUCAGAAGUUUGGAGGGGCUGGAUAUCAUCAGGUCACUAGCAUGAAAUGUUUGCAUCACUGCUCAAAACUAUUUCUUUUUAAUUUCUCUGAAAUGCCGAGAUGAUUGCAAGUUAAUGUUUGCUUGUUGCAUGGGAUUUUUUUUUUCUGUUGCCCUAUACAUGUACAACCUUUUCUAUGUUGCCCUCUACAUGUACAACCUUAUCUAUUGCUCUUUACCAACUUUCAAAUCAUUCAGCUGUCAACUUCUCUAUCUACUAAUGUAUCAUUGUUAUGUUAUAAUUGUAAUAAUAAAUUAUUAUUGCUAUUUAA